UGGCCGCUGGCCCGGCUGGCGCUGGUGGCCUGGGUCCUGGGGCCAGCGGGGGCCGAGGAGGGCCUGGACUUCCCCACCUACGACGGCGUCGACCGGGUGCUGGCCGUCACCAGCAAGAACUACAAGGCGAUGCUGAAGCGGUUCCCGGUGCUGGCCCUGCUCUACCACGAGCCCGUCGGGAGCGACCGGGCCGCCCAGCGGCACUUCGAGAUGGAGGAGCUCAUCCUGGAGGAGGACAGCAUCUACGUGUUCAAGGAGGACGAGGUGAUCGAGUACGACGGGGAGCUGGCAGCAGACACCCUGGUGGAGUUCCUGCUGGACGUGCUAGAGGAUCCUGUGGAGUUCAUUGAGGGCGACCAUGAGCUCCAGGCCUUCGAGAACAUCGAGGAAGACCCCAAACUCAUUGGCUACUUCAAGAACGAGGACUCAGAGCACUUCAAGGCCUUCGAGGAGGCAGCAGAGGAGUUCCACCCCUACAUCCCCUUCUUCGCCACCUUUGACAGCAAGGUGGCCAAAAAACUGACCCUGAAGCUCAAUGAGAUCGACUUCUACGAGCCCUUCAUGGAUGAGCCAGUCACCAUCCCUGACAAGCCCAACAGCAAAGAAGAGAUCGUGGAGUUUGUGGAAGAGCACAAGAGGCCUGUCGAUGGGUUUGAGUUCCUGGAGAUCCUCAAGGACGUGGCCCAGGACAACACGGACAACCCUGACCUCAGCAUGAUCUGGAUCGACCCCGAGGACUUUCCGCUGCUCAUCCCCUACUGGGAGAAGACCUUCAACAUCGACCUGUCCCGGCCCCAGAUCGGGGUGGUCAACGUCACGGAUGCCGACAGUGUGUGGCUGGAGAUGGCGGACGAGGACGACCUGCCCAGCACGGCGGAGCUGGAGGAGUGGAUCGAGGACGUGCUGGAGGGCGAGAUCAACACAGAGGACGACGACGAGGACGAUGACGACGAUGAUGAUGACGAUGAUUAGGCCCCCUCCCGCUCCAUCCCCAUCCCUGUGCACGGCACAGGGGUCUGGCUGCCAGGCCCCUGCGC